AUGUCUGCCCUGCACUCGCACCGGGAGCUGGGGAAAGAGUCAUCAGAGCUGACAGCACAUGGCCGCCCGGCCCUCCCCCGCACCCCGCGGCCGGGCAUCGGCGCGGGCCGACGUCCGCCGCCGCGCGAGCGCCCGGCGAGCGAAGGGUGCGCUCCCGGCCUGCCCCGCGCGGGAUGGGGCGGGGCGUCGCGGGGGCCGCCGGGAGCUGUAGUGCCGGGGGGGCUGCGGUCACGUGCCGCGCCGGGCGGAGGCGCCAAGAUGGCGGCGCUGCGGGGCGGAGUGGUGCCCGCCGCGGCCGGGACCGGGAUCGGCAUCGGCGGCGUCGCCGCCGCCGGGGCUGCUCCGCGCGGGCUGGCGGGCGGCGGGGCUCCGCGCGAGCCGCCCUUCCACGCCGGCAGCCCCCUGCAGUGCUUUUCCCUCGAGGAGGAUGACCUGAGCUUAACGUCGCUGGAUGCAGAAACCAUCCUGGCCGAAGAGAUCCUGGGGACGAUGCAGAACUAUUUCGACUCCUCUGUGAUCUCCAUCAUCGAGGACCUCUCUCUGAGCGAGCAGAGCAAGGCCUGCCUGGAUGCGCAGAAUGAGCUGUCCCUGCUGACUGCCAUCACCGAGAUCCUGGACAGCACGGACGAUGAGACCCUGUCUCCCUUCGACACCAUCAUGGAUGCAGAGCUGCUGACCUCAACUCGGGAGCGGGAGAACCCAUCUUUGCAGAAGUUUCUGGGCUUGUCUCGCCCAUCGCUGGAAUGUGAAAGUCCUGCCUUGGAGCAGCCCAAGGCUCUCAAACCCCUUGGCAGCAGCAUCUCUGUGGCUGGGAAGACCGACACAGACCUGGCUUGGGACCGUGCUGCUCACGGCCUCGAGGACCUGGCGCUGCCCAAGAAGCAAGUCUGCAGCACCCCGAGGGUGGAGAGGAAAGUGGGCUGGCACUGGGCCCGAGAGCAGCCCCUGCCGCAGCGCAGCGAUGGGGAGGAAGAGGAGGAGGAGGUCGCCUUGAGCCCGGAGCUAGACAACAGCAUGGAGGCUGAGGAGUUCUGUGUUAGCGAGGCUGGGGCGGCGCUGGAUGAGCGUGAAGACCCCUGUAUCAUCAACACGGGUGACGUGUCCCUGAGCGAGCUGGUCAAGUCCAUGCACCCGUACUGCCUGCCCACCUUCACCGUGUGCCUCGACCCCGAGACCGAGCCUGUGGCCAAGGAGCUCCUGAGUGGCCCAGUCCUGCUGGAAAUUGUGCCUGGUGAGGGGGAGAGUGUGGAGAUCCCCGUGGUCCUGCAGCCCUUGGCUCCCAGCUUCCCUGACCUGGAGCCCCAGCUCCUGGCAGCAGAGGAGGGUACUGGAAAGUCAGUCCCAGAGGAUCAAGAGGAGCUGCUGGGAGCUCCAGCCCAAGAAAAGAGGAUGGAGGAGGAGGAGAAGGAAGAGAAACCGCUCGGGGAGGGAAGAGAAAGUGCCCAGGAGAGCACAUCCCCAUCGGAGAGAGCAGUGCCCAGAGCCUGCAGCUCCCGGCACAGCGCGGAGGCCGCAGUGAGCAGCAAGUGCCAGGGCUCUGAGAAGGGCCGUGGCCGUGAGAGAGCGAGGAAGAGCCGCAAAAAGAAAGCAGGGGAGGACCAAAGCGAGCAGGCCAGGCCGGGCAGGGACUGCGUGGCGCACCGGCUCCGCUCGGCCGUGCCGGGGCAGCCCCCGGCGCAGCCGCUGCCCGGCCGGCGACGCGCGGCCUGUCCCUCCGUACAGGUCUCGGACUUCCUGGCGCGGCAGCUGGAGCGAGCCCGGAAGGAGGGGCAGAUGGAGCUGCAGGCCGAGCGGGCAGCGCAGCCCCGGGGCAGGCCCCGCAGCACGGCGGGGGCCUCCCUGCCCCAGAGAGCGCAGAAGGAGCCGGUGCCAGAAACGGUGAGCGUGGACCUCCCGGAGAAGGCUGAGCCUGCGGAGCCUCUGCAGAAGAUCGCACCGAGCACGGAGGAGCAGCCAGCAGCUGCUUGUCCCAGCCCAGCAGACCAGGCUGAGGAUGGGGCAGAUGCAGAGGCGCCUGUCGGACAGGGCAGUCGGGUCCCGGAGGCUGCCUCUCCGCUCCCAGAGCCAAGUGUGGGGCCAGAUCCCCCCCAGAGCCUGCCGGCAGCGGAGCCGAGUGAGGGUCUGCCCAGGGAAGCCAAGCCCAAGGCCCUGAGCCUGCGGGAAUACCGCAUCCGCAUGCUGCACCGCCAGCCCAGCCCAGGCGCCAGGAGGGACAGCGACAAGCAAGUGGCCGGCAAGUGGCCCAGCGUCCCCGAGCCUCCGACGGAGCUGGCCGAGAUCCCUUGCCUGGUGUCACCCCUGCGCCCUGCCACCGAGGCAGCCAGCACUCAGAAGAGCCCGGAGAAACCCACCAGCCCUGCUGCUGUCCCUUCUCCUGCUGGCAAAGCUCCUGCCACUGUGGCCACGGCUCCGGCACCUGCCACGGCUCCAGCACCCACCACGGCUCCAGCACCGCCAUCAACACCAAUGCCUUUUGUUGCACCAAACGUGCCCCCAGCUGCUGGGGUGGCCCCCCCCGGGAUGCUGCCAGCCUCUGCCGGUGCUUAUGCCCUUUACCCACCAGUGCCUUCCUGGCCCUGCUUUGGCCCACAGCCCAUGGGCUGCCACAGUUUGCCCGCGCCGCCAGCCAUGGUGCCUGGCCUCCCACCCCCAGCCAUGGCCUGGCCCCCACCAGCUGUGCCGCCCCCACCUCCGUUUGGCCCCGCUGGCCCCUAUGCCCCCGUCGGGUGGGCACCACCACCUUACUGGCCUGGCAUCCCCAUGCCCCCUCCGGUGCCUCCCCUGGCAUACGGGGACCCCGGGGCGGCCAUCCUGCACGGGCAGCCUCCUGCCACCCCUGCCCUCAGCUGCCCUGAGCCACCGGCCUUCCCUGCCCAGCCACUCACUGCCCCGGCCACUGAGAUGGGGGCUGCAGGUGGCCCAGCCAGGCCCGUGGCCAGCAGGGUGUCAGACCCCAGGAGGCAGGCACGGCUGGCGGAGGAGAGCUCUCUCCCCAAGGCCCCUCCGGUGCCAGCCCCUGCAGCUGCCCCACCAAGCAGAGUCACUCCUGCAGCACCAGCCCAGCACACAGCGGCCCUCACGGCUGCCACCACCCAGCCUCUGGAGGAGCCGCAGGCUACAACCCUUCCCCAGCUCCCAAAGGCCCCCCCAGCUGCCCUCCGUUGCCCCACUGAGGUGUCUUCUGCUGCUGGGCCUGUUGGGGAGUCCUCUAGCACCCAGCCCACAAAGGAGGCUGCAGGGCCAGGCAGGGGUACAGAGGAGAAAGCCACACUGGAGACCGAGGUAGCCGCUGGGCGGGAGCCACCCAGCCAGAAAUGCAGCUCCCCAGCUGCAGCAGCAGCCCCGAAGACAGACAGAGAGAGCAGCAUGCCCAGCAAGGCACCCGCCGCACGGCCUGGCAGGCACCAGCCGCUGCAGGCCCCGGCGCAGCCCAGCGACCGCAGCAAGGACAUCGUGCAGGCCUUCAUCAGCGAGAUCGGGAUUGAAGCCACCGACCUGUCCAGCCUGCUGGAGCAGUUUGAGAAGUCUGAAGCCAAGAAGGAGGAGGCUCCUGUGCAGCCCCCUGAGGACAAGCGGCCGGCAGGGAGCUCUGCGCCUGAGACCCAGCAGGACAGGAAGCCUCCGGACAGCCUGCAGGCCUCUGAGCUGGCCAACGUGGCAGGCCUGACCCCGCCAGCGACGCCUCCCCACCAGCUCUGGAAGCCGUUGCCUGCCGUCUCGCUGCUGGCCAAGGCCCAGUCGCCCGGGUCCGCGCCCCAGGAAGGGCCUCAGAAGACAGCCAAGCAGACAAAAGCCAAGCCGCUGCCCCCCGGCAAGCCCCAGGGGAAGGGUCCGGUGCCGGCACCCGCCGCCUCGGCCCCCAGCCAUGUCUGCUCGGGAGACCACGACUACUGCAUCCCGGGCACGGCGCGGGCGGAGAGCGGCGGCAGCCCCGGCACGCAGCCCCCCGCCCCGGGCGGCUCCCGCUGGAACGUCAAACACCACUGGGACAUCACCAUCAAACCCAUCUCCUCCUUAACCAAACGGACGCUGGACCAGCCCCAGCCCACCCCGCCGGCCCCCGGCGCGGGGCCCAGCCAGGAGCCCCCGGGCCCGGCCUGCCCAGCCCCCCUGGAUUAUCGGACUAGCAUCCCUGUCCCGGCGGCCGCCGGCUGCAGCAGCCCCCCCACCUCGGUGCUCCUGUCUCCAGCUGCGUCUCCCUGCCGGGACCAGGAGAUGCGGACUCCCAGUGCCCAGCCCGGCCGUGCUGCCGACAAGAGGUCGCUGCGCUGCUACCGCAGAGCCCGGGACUCGCCCAGCCCCUCUGCCAGCAGCUGGAGGGCCGGCCGGAGCCGGGCCAGCCGCUCCUUCAGCUCCAGUUCGGAUGGAGCUAGCGACUCCUCAUCUUCCUCUUCAUCCUCGUCCUCCCGCUCCCGCUCCCGCUCGUUCUCCCCACCACACAAGCGGUGGCGAAGGUACCGCUCAAGAUGUUCCAACAGCUCCUCCUCCCGCUCCAGCUGUGGGUCAUGUGGCAGGUCCCGGGACAGAUCCUCAUCCUCAGCAUCCUCCUACUCGUCCAGGUCCACGUCCCGCAGCCAGUCCCACUCCCCCUCGCCACACAGGAGGAGUAACAGGCGGAGAAGAUACAGUUACGACGCACAGGACCACUACCAAAGGCAGAGGAUCCUCCAGAAGGAACGUGCAAUAGAGGAGCGCCGGGUCGUGUUCAUUGGCAAGAUCCCCAGCAGGAUGACGCGCUCGGAGCUGCGGCACCGCUUCUCUGUCUUUGGGGACAUCGAGGAGUGCACCCUGCACUUCCGCUCCGAGGGGGACAACUAUGGCUUUGUCACCUACCGCUACGCCGAGGAGGCCUUUGCUGCCAUCGAGAGCGGGCACAAGCUGCGGCGCCCGGAUGAACAGCCCUUUGACCUGUGCUUCGGCGGCCGCCGGCAGUUCUGCCGCAGGAACUACGCCGACUUGGACUCCAACCGGGAGGAUUUCGACCCGGCCCCUGUCAAGAGCAAGUUCGACUCGCUGGACUUCGACACGCUGCUGCGGCAGGCCCAGCGCAGCCUGCGCAGGUAGCGGCGGGCACGGUGCUGCCCCCCUUUUAUACUCAGAUACAAAAGACAAAAAAGUAUGGAGGGAGAGAGAGAGAGAGAGAGAGAUGGGGUUUUUAAGAAAAAGAAAAAGGAAAAAAAGAUUUGUUUUAUAACCAGUAUUUAAGGAGGACGAGCCGUUUGCCUCGGAGCACAGGGGCCCAGGCGAGUGGCAGCCCCAGGCUCGCCCCCGCCGGGUAAUAAAUGUGGAUGCCCAAACA